ACCAUUUAAACAUUUUUAAUUUAAUCCAAUCUCUUACCCCUUCCGUCUUUAUAAGGUCCACGUUCACUGCACCAUUUUCUCCACUCCCACCUUCUUCUUCUUCCUCCUCCCAAUCCCAUCUCCCAAAAAUGGGUUCAGCUACCAUGGCGAUCGUCCUCAUGUUCACUCUCCUGGCGGUUUCCUCCGCCAUGGACAUGUCGAUCAUCUCAUACGACAACUCCCACAUGGGAAACUCCAGAACUGACGACGAGGUGAAGAACAUGUACGAGGAGUGGUUGGUGAAACACGGCAAGGUGUACAACGCGCUUGGCGAGAAGGAGAAGAGGUUUGAGAUCUUCAAAGACAACCUCAAGUUCAUCGAUGAGCAUAACAACGCUGAUCUGAACCGGAGUUACAAGCUGGGUCUGAACCGGUUCGCUGAUCUGACCAACGAGGAGUACCGGUCUAAGUACUUUGGGACCCGGGUUGACCCGAACCGGAGGAUGGCGAAGUUGAGGACCAAGAGUGACCGGUACGCGCCACGUGUCGGUGACAAGCUGCCGGAGUCUGUUGAUUGGAGGAAGGAAGGUGCUCUUGUUGGAGUCAAAGACCAAGGAAGCUGCGGGAGCUGUUGGGCCUUCUCAGCUGUCACCGCCGUGGAAUCAAUUAAUAAGAUAGUAACCGGCGAUCUAGUUUCACUAUCAGUACAAGAGCUAGUAGACUGUGAUAGAUCAUAUAAUGAAGGAUGCAAUGGUGGUCUUAUGGACUACGCCUUUGACUUCAUCAUCAACAAUGGUGGCAUUGACUCCGAAGAAGAUUACCCCUACAAAGGUGUUGAUGGUAGAUGUGACCAGUACAGGAAAAAUGCUAAAGUCGUUUCAAUUGAUGACUAUGAAGAUGUUCCUACCUAUGAUGAGAUAGCCUUGAAGAAAGCUGUUGCCAAUCAGCCUAUUAGUGUUGCUAUUGAAGGAGGUGGCAGGGAAUUCCAGUUAUAUGAUUCUGGUAUAUUCACUGGGCGAUGUGGGACAGCAUUAGACCAUGGUGUUGUUGCUGUUGGGUAUGGCACAGAAAACGGUCUUGAUUAUUGGAUUGUGAGGAAUUCAUGGGGUGCUAGCUGGGGAGAGGGAGGUUAUAUCAGGCUUGAACGUAAUCUGGGAAAUGCUAGAUCAGGCAAGUGUGGAAUUGCAAUUGAGCCAUCCUAUCCCAUCAAGAAUGGUCAGAACCCGCCUAACCCGGGGCCAUCACCCCCUUCACCGGUGACUCCACCGUCAGUGUGUGACAAUUACUACAGUUGUGCUGAAGCCACCACUUGCUGCUGCAUUUAUGAAUAUGGAAACUCUUGCUUUGAGUGGGGAUGUUGUCCUCUCGAGGGUGCUACCUGCUGUGAUGACCACUACAGUUGCUGCCCCAGUGACUACCCUGUCUGUGACACUUAUAGAGGGCUCUGUCUCAAGGGCUCAAACAACCCAUUUGGAGUGAAGGCAUUGAAGCGAACUCCAGCUAAGCCCAACUUGGCCUUUGGAGUGAAGAAGAAGAAGAUCAGCGAUGCUUAAGCUGUUAAAAAGCGAAUGUGUACAUGAUGAAGUUGAAGAUAAGAAAGUCAAAGGGAGGACCAAGAACUGAAACACUAUACUCUUUCCCUUUACUUGCAGCACAUAAUAACAUGUACAUCUUCGCAUUAUGAUACACAAACAGAUACAUUCUGUGCCAAAUUUCAGUCAUGCAUUUGACUGUGUACAUAGGGUUAUUAUUUAUGUCUGUCCUGUAUUUCUAUUCUAAUUCCAAACAAUGAACAUAUUUUCAUUAUUGUACUUAAUUUCCAACCUUGGUAGAUUAUGUGGUCAUGGCUGGAUUUACCCCAUAUUCAUAUGCUAUUUUAUAAGCAUGGUUAAUUUGAAA